UCCUUUAAUGAGGCAGGCGUGGAUCGGAAAGCUUUGGAAAUAGCUAUCACUCAAGUCCGGAGUUUACAAGUUUACUAUAUCAGAUUUGUGUAUCAAUUGGAGCCAAUGAUUUCAUCGACUCAAUUAUUAAGCGGAGGGAACGUGGACAUAUUGCGUAGCAAUAUAUAG